CGUCCCUGGAAGAUGCAGCGCCCACUCGCGGCCCUCAUUGCUUUCGCCGCACUCGCCGCAGCACAGAACCCAGAAUGCAACCCACUGGGUGACAUGAGGGGGUGCAGUUCGCCGGAGCGCUGCGAGGAAGUCUUCGUAGAAGGCCUAAUCGGAGAAAAGAUAACGCGGGUCAACGCUUCCUGCCACAACAUGCUGGACGUCGCCGAGAACCGAUCUCGAGACGCGAAGAUGCAAGCGGCGAUGACGAACAAGGAGAUGUGGAAGCGCAUGGUGGAGCUGUACCCGCAGGUGUGCCGGCUGCGGCAGAACGCGACGGAGAUGCAGGAGGCGGCGAGGCGAGUGCUGGACACCAAGGGCGACACUAUAGCUCUUGCUGUCGCCAGCGCCUGCCGAGAAGUGCUCGAAUUCCCUGCCGGCACCUAUGACGUGCUGGCGGAGCGAGUGCUCACCUGCUUCAGGAACUUCACGGUGGAGGUGAUGGAAUCGGCGAGGCGACUGGAGGAGCAGCUGAUCUCGGGCAGCAUGGAGCGCAUCGAGCAGACGGCGCAGAUACUGGAGGAGUGCAUCCCGGACGUGGAGUCGUGCGAUCUGCCCGAGGAGGACGUGGCGGCGAUGGUGGAGUGCGUGGCCCGCAGGGAGGCGGAAAAGUCGCUGGACGAACGAGAGAAGGAGCUGGGCAUCUUCGCCACGCACCUCGUCACCUUCGCCGGCGCCAACUACACCAUGCUGGUGCAGCGCAUGAGUCGCUGCUUCGCGUACACCUUGGACUCGUACUCAAACGCGACCGAGGCCUUGUGGGACAAUAACAGCCAGUGCACCGGCGUGCCGCGCGUCAAGGACGAGCUGUAGGG